GGGCUUGGCAGGAAAAACGUGCACUUCAGGCCCCGCGCCUGCUCUGUGUUUCACGCCUCGUAUCUGGCAACGCCUGCAGGUCCUCGCACUGCUGUCGUCACUGAGGUCGGGUAGAAGGAGCGAAGAUGGCGACUUGCUACGAGAGAUACAAUUUGCACACGACCCCUGAGAAGUUCUUCAUCGAGGCCUGCGACGAGGGCGCCGAUGCUGUGCUGGCAAUCGACAGGGUCUCGAACGAGAUGACCCUCACAGGUAAGAAGGACGUUCCUCCCUCUGCAGUCACCAGGCCCAUCUGUGGCAUCAUGGGAACCAUCCGGCUGGUAGCAGGCAUGUACCUCGUGGUCAUCACCAGGAAGAGAAACGUCGGCAGCCUUCUGGGCCACGCCGUGUGGAAGGCUGCGGACUUUGACGUGAUCUCUUAUAAGAAGACGGUGCUGCACCUGUCUGAGAUACAGUCUCAGGAGAAUAAGACCUUCCUCUCGAUGCUGAACAACGUGCUGACCACGGACGGCUUCUACUUCUGCACCGACUUCGACCUGACGCACACGCUGCAGCGGCUCGCCAACACCAGCCCCGACUUCCAGGAGAUGAGUCUGCUUGAGAGGGUGAAACAUGUCGUCUUAAUAGCUGUUAGCAGCCGAUGCACUCGGUGUAGCAUCGACUCUGAAGGCCACGCUGCUAACUUUGUGGAGAGCGAGCAGAUCGUCCUGUAUGAGGGAGCAAAGGCUUCAUUUGUGCAGACACGAGGCUCGAUGCCCUUUUAUUGGAGUCAGAGACCCAACCUCAGAUACAAACCCAAACCUAUAAUCAGCAAAACCACCAAUCAUAUGGACGGCUUCCAGAGGCACUUUGACUCUCAGCUCCUCAUCUACGGGAAGCAAACGAUUCUGAACCUGGUGAAUCAGAAGGGCUCGGAGAAGCCGCUGGAGCAGGCCUUUGAUAGGAUGGUGUCUGGCAUGAACAAUGAUAUGCUCAAAUACAUAGCCUUCGACUUCCACAAAGAGUGCAGCCACAUGAGGUGGGACCGUCUCCAGAUCCUGGUGGAUGCUGUUGCUGACAAACAGGAGGAAUACGGGUACUUCAUGGUGAACUCGGAGGGGAAGACGGUAGCGCAGCAGAAAGGCGUGUUCCGCAGUAACUGCAUGGACUGCCUGGACCGGACCAACGUCAUCCAGAGCCUGCUGGCUCGCCGCUCGCUGCAGUCGCAGCUUCAGAGGAUGGGCGUCCUGAACGUGGGGCAGCGCAUCGAAGAGCAGGCCGAGUUUGAAAAGAUCUACAAGAACGCAUGGGCUGACAAUGCCAAUGCAUGCGCUGUACAGUACGCAGGAACCGGAGCCUUAAAAACAGACUUCACCAGGACAGGGAAGCGGACCAGGUGGGGGCUGCUGAUGGACGGCUGGAACUCGAUGAUCCGUUAUUACAAAAACAACUUCUCUGAUGGAUUCAGACAGGACUCCAUCGACCUGUUCCUGGGUAACUUUGCUGUCGACGAGUCGGAUGGACCCACUCCGCUUCGUGUGCAAAAGGACUGGAAGUUCCUCACACUGCCCAUCAUUAUGCUGGUGGCAUUUUCCAUGUGCAUUGUCUGUCUUCUCAUGGCUGGUGAUACAUGGACAGAGACCCUGGCUUAUGUGAUGUUCUGGGGAGCUGCAAGUGCAAUUACAGCCACGAUCAUCCUGUUUAACGGCCAAGACUUUGUGGACGCCCCCAAGUUGGUUCACAAGGAGAAGAUGGACUAAGUGUGUGUGUGAGGAUGAGCUGGGUCCGGCGGGCUCGUAUACCUCUUCAUCUUCACCUUCGGCAGGUCUGGAGUCCAGGCUGACCUGCCGCCGCCGUGUUGGACUUUCAUACAAAACUGUCUUCUGUCUGCAGCACAUGUGACCACCUUCAGUUGUACUGCACACACUGCGUACCCUGCUCUUCAUCUAUUUUCGUUUCCCUCGGUCCCCGGGCUUUAGUUCGCCGUUGGUUUAGCUUGGUUUUGUUGGUGUUGGUUGUUUCCAUGACUACACUACCACUGUGUUUCCCUUUGUUUGUGCUUUCUCUCCCGUACGUUAGCUUCAGCAGUCGAGGCGAUGAAACAUGCAGAUAUUAAAACCUAUGUUGUAUUGCAAUGAAAAGUAUGCACUCUGGAAGUUUUGAAUGUAACGAGCCUUACUUGUGUAUUAAUCUAUAACUAUGUGGCCGAUCUGUCUUCCUAUGAGGCGACCUUAGAAAAGCGUCGGUGACCUUGUUCUCUGUGGAAGCACAAGCUGUGGCCGCACACCUGUAACACAGCCGUAAACGUUUGGCUUCAGUGUUACAGGCUUGCUCCAUUUCAGCUUCAUACAGGGUCAAGAAUGAGGGUCUCACCUGAGCCACCUGCAGGUGAGCACAGCACACUACAGCGUGUUAUGUGUGAUGGCACGAUGUCAUCGUUGGGUUUGGGCCUCCAUGGCUGAGGCUCGGUGAUCAAACGUGUCCUCGGUAGCUUAAACGAAUGCCAGGAACCAAAGUUGGACGGUAACCAGGCGGUCGUGUUGUCCUCUCCACCUGCAGUGGUCUCAGGUUGACCUGCAGCUGCAUCGCUGUUGCAGGUUUUCCGAGUUGGUUCUGGAUGUAGCGGAAAAAUGACGACCUUUUCCCAAACGCUGUCAGGUGUGACAGUAACCUUCUUACUGUAGUUGGAGAAUACCAAAUAAUUUAGUUAAAACGUUCUGUGGAUUUAUUCUUAUGGUGCAGCUUUCUUGGUCAUUAACCCAGGACGCCAUCUUGAACCAGUCGUUACCUUGGUUACGGUCCUCGUUCGUUCGAGAUGAGGGUCACGCCUCAUCAUGUGUCCACGACCCGAGAUCACUCGUGUAGCUGCUCAAAUGUUCGUCUAGCUGCUUCUUCACCAGCUCAUACAGUAUGCAACCAGGACGUUUGUGUUAGCACAGACGAUGGUUUGAUCUGGACGCUGCAGCUCUGACGCCCUGCAGCGAUCUGACGCAUCCGUACUUCUGUCCAACAGUGGAGUCGGUGACAGCGGCUCAACGUGUGGUUUGUGUGUUUUCACGGCUCUGCAGCGAGUCGCGCUCGUUUUCUUUAUUUCAUGUUUCAGAAAAAUGCGACAAACACGUUUCAGAAACAUUUGUCACGUUAGGACGAAAUAACAAGAUUCUCUCUUCUGAUCUUUAACACUCUGAGUACGCACAUCGUCUCCACACAGACGAUCUCUGUGAAGUACAGCUGACUGUGUUUAUGUCUGACUGUUGCUGAUAAUCGUCACAUGUUAGGAGCUGGGAGUGUACGACUAUAAACAACACGUCUCUGUUUGUGGUGGAAAAUGAUCUCGUGCUUCUUCAGCACUCUCCUUCCAGGACCAGACUUUAUCUUUGUUAAUAAACUGAACACGCAGAUGUUACAGCGCCUCUUCUGGAGUUUCAUUUAUCUUUGUGAAAUAAAAGGAAAGCAGGGACACAUGGGACGCUUCGUACGGGAGCUGAGCUGGUGUCCUGCUCUGUUCCACAUUA